AUGAGGAGCGGCGCUGCAGCAGACCGUCAGCAGCAGCUGCAGCAGCAGCAGCACGAACAGCAGCAGCAUCAGCAGCACCAGCAGCAGCAGCAGCAGCAACAGCAGCAGGACGAUAUUGAGGGGUCCCUGCAGCAAUCAUAUACAUCAUUCUCUAACAGUUUGCAUGCAGAUGAGCAGCAGACCAACCCCGCUGCUGCUGCUGCUGCUGCUGCUGCUGUUGGCAGCAGCGUUGAGUGUCCGCCGCUAGCUGCAGCAGCAGCAACAGCAGCAGGUGCAGCAGCUUCUACAGUGCAUGCACAGAUGUCAUUAGCAGCAGACGCAGCAGCCGAUGCAGCAGCAUCUUGCUCGGGAGAAACAGCAGCUGACGCAGCAGCAGCAGCAGCAGCUCCCGACGCAGCAACAGCAACAGCAGCAGCAGCAGCAGCAGCAGCACCUGCUGCUGCUGCUGCUGGCAUUAUGUCUAAACAUUUAGAGUUAUUAAAUUCUCCUUUGUUGAAUUUUGCUGCUGCUGAUGGAGAAGCAGCAGCACAUAACAGCAAAGGAAGAAGGGGUGCAGCAGCAGCAGCAGCAGCAGGUGCAGCAGCAGCAGCAGCUGCUGCUGCUGCUGCUGCUGCAGCGUUUCCUUCUGCUGCUUCUGGUGCUAUUGUACCUGCAUCAUCAUCAUCAGGAGAUGCAGCAGCAACAGCAGCAGCAACAACAACAACAACAGCAGCAGCAGCAGCAGCAGCAGCAGCAGGAGGAGGAGGAGGAAGAGGAGGAUUAUCUGGUGAUUUAGUGUUAUUAUCUCAGCAAUUGCAUGCAGCAGCAGCACAAUUAGAUGGAUUUGCUGCAGCAGCAGCAGCAGGAUUGAAUCGUUUUUGUUGUCUUGCUGCUGAUCUAAGGAAAGAAAUAACUGAUUUAUACAUAACAUUAGCACAAUUAACUACUGAAUUAGAUGAUAUACAACAACAAGAUUGUCCUCCUGCUGCUGCUGCUGCUGCUGCUGCUGCUGCUGGUCCUGGUGGUGGUCCUACUGCAGCAGGAACAGCAGCAACAGCUGCCGGGGAUCCAGAGGAACACAAUAAUAUGUCUGUAUUGGAUAAAUCAGCAGCAGUAGCAGCAACAGCAGCAGUACCUGCAGCAGCAGCAGCAGGAGCAACAGCAGCAGCAGCAGCAGCAGCAGCAGCAGCAGCAGCAGGGAGUGAUAAGAAGAACAAGCAGUUAUCUUGGGUUCUUCAUCCUGCUGCUGUUCGUUUAUCUGCUGCUCCUCCUGCCUUAGGAUUAAGCAUGCAGGACGUGCUGCAGCACGACGACGAGCAGCAGCUGCAGCAGCUACAGCAGCAGCAGCAGCAGCAGCAACAGCAGCAACAGCAGCUGUUAGGGGGCCCUGUACUGUAUGGAGGUGGUACUGUUGCUGAUGAAUAUGAUUUUGCUGCUGAGGUGUACAUGGAGGUCACGGAUGUGCUGCGGCACUACCUGCUGGCGUCAGAAGCAGACAGGCAGCAGCAGCAGCAGCAGCAGCAGAGGAUAAGACAGGCUGUGCUGCAGCAGCGACGUGCUGUUGCAAGGAAACUGCAGCAGCAGCAACAGCAAGAAGCAAACAAAGAUAGAAUUGGUGCUUCUUCUGAUGUAAAUGCAGCAACAGCAGCAGCAACAGCAGCAGAUACAGCAGCAGCAGCAGCAGCAGCAGCAGCAGAUAUAAAAUGUGCAGAAGCAGAUGUAGAUGGUGUAAUAUCCCCUGGAUCUGCAUCUGCUGCUGCUGCUGCUGCUGCAGCAGCAGCAGCAUCAUCCCCUCCAUCCUCAUCAUCAGGAUUAAAUAUAAAAGGAGAAACUGCUGCUGCUGCUGCAGCAGCAGCAGCAGCAGCAGCAGCAGCAGAUGGAGGAGAGGUGCUGCAGGUAGAGUGUGGGGAAUUAUACAGAGAAGAUCUAUACGGAGGACCAAUCAGCCCAUGGGCAGAUUGUAGAUCUAUACUAGCAGCAGCAGCAGAAGCAGCAGCAGCAGCAGGUUGGUUAGUAGAUGAUGUAGAUGAUGCAGCAGCAGCAGCAGGAGGAAUAGGAACAACAACAACAACAACAACAACAACUGCUGCUGCUGCAGCUGCUGCUGCUGCUGCUGCUGCCGCAGCAGCAGCAGCAGCAGCAGACGAAGCAGCAGCUAAUGAGGCAGCUAUUGAGCACGACGCCGUGCUGCACACCUCCUGUGCCUGGCGGACCCCCUGCGUGCUGCUGCCCCACAAGCUGCGUGGGAUCGACGAUCCCAGUAGGCCUCGUCCUCCUUUGCUGCAGCAGAUGGUGCAGCAGCUGCAGCAAGAUGCAGCAGCUAAUGCUGCUGCUGCUGCUGCUGCUGCAGCAGCAGCAGCAGCAGGAAACAAACGUAAACAUCACCCUCUUAGGGAUCAUACAACUCCUAGUGAAUGUGCAUCCGAUGCUAGUGGAGACUCCGAGCAGCAGCAGCAGCAGCAGCAGCAGCAGCAGCACGAACAGCAGCAGCAGCACCACCAGCACCAGCAGCAGCAGCAACACCAGUCCAAACAUCAUAAAUCAACCUCCCCUUCUCCACAACCACAAACACAUGAUGGCAUACAACCCCACCACCAGCAACAGCAGCAACAGCAGCAGCAGCAGCAGCAGCAGCAGCAGCAGCAGCAGCACCUCCCGGAUAUGCAUUUAUCGCAUCAGCAUGAUGCUCAUUCAAACCAUCAAGACAUCCCAUCAUCAUCAUUAUCAUCAGGAGCAACAGGAGGAGCAGGAGCAGGAGCAGCAGGAGCAGCAGCAGCAGCAGCAGGAGCAGCAGCAGCAGCAGCAGCAGCAGAAAAAGGUAUAAUAUAUGAUGAAGAAAAUAAGAAUUAUGUUGUCAAUUGGAUGGCGCAUGCAUCGGAUGGGGCACCAGGAGCAGCAGAUGCAACUAGCAGCAGCAGCAGCAGCAGCAGUUCGAGCAAGGAAGCAGCAGCAGCAGCAGACACGCUGCCCCACACACGGCGACGCUUGCGAGGGACGGCAGCAUCAAGGCGGUCUCACAGCAGCAGCAGUAGCAGCAGCAGCAGCAGCAGUAGUAGUAGUAGUAGUAGUAGCAGCAGCAGUAGCAGCAGCAGCAGCAGCAGCAGCGUCAAGAACGAGCAGCAGCCCACGGGGGCUCCGCGAGUCAAUGGACGCGCAAAUAGUUAUAGACAUGGUAAGUAA